ACGGAAAGUGUGUCAGGUGUGUCAACCGUGUGUCGUAAUCGCAAUAACUGGUGAAAAUGUCAGCAGAAGAGUUAAAACUGACAGACGAGCUGUUCGAUGAUGUUAAAUAUCAGGAGGCCAUAGACUUACUCAACCAACUAAGUGAUAAGGACUCCGCAGUGGAAAUUCAGUGGCGAUUGGCUCGGGCUGUUUUCUUCGUAUCGAAACAAACCAGCAACGGAGAUGAGAAAGCACAGCUAGUACGGGAUGCUUUUGAAUAUGCCAAAAAGGCUCUUGAGCUAGAUGCCAACAAUUUCGGCGCUAACAAGUGGUACGGCGCAAUUCUGUCUGAGAAAAGCAACCUGGACGGAGUAACCGAACGCAUAAAGCAGUUGGAAAAUGUUAAAAAACAUUUCACCAUAGCCAAAGAUAUCAACCCAACGGAUCCGGGAAUACUGCACAUGUUGGGCCAGUUUAAUUUUAAACUCUCGGAAGUGAACUGGGUUACUAGAAAGCUGAUUAAUUCGGUGGCGCCAAACCCACCAACGGCGUCCUUCGAAGAAGCUUUGGAAUGCUUCGAGCAAGCGGAAAGCUUGAAGCCUGGCUUUUACAGCCAGAACUGGUUGUACUUGGGAAAGACCUUCGCUGCCCUGAAACAGCACGACAAAGCUCGCGAAUGGUUCGAAAAGGCGGCCGCCGUCGAGGUUCGCAACGAAGAUGAUCGCGUUUGUCGCGAAGAAGCAUUGAAGCAGCUUUAAUUUUAAUUAUCACCUUUGAUCAUUUCGUCGCGUGAAAUUAUACGGGCAAAUGCUCGUGUGUGUAUUACCAAGUUCAAAGAACGAUUGCAUCCGGUAUGGCAUUAGUAAGUGCAGUCUGAGGUGAAUAUAGCACCUCGUAUGAUAGGAAAUUGUGUUAACGCUUAAUUCGCUUAAUAUUGAAGCCAGUGAAGAGGUGAUUUUGUAUCAUAGCUAAAUGAUGAUUAUUCAGAUAAUAGCCUUUGUAGAUCCGUUACAGCCGUAUAGCUUCAUACCUGACACCAAAUACAGGGAAAUAAAU